AUCAUUAUACGAGCCAUGGCCGUUAGGACGCCGUCUCCCUUCGACUCCCCGCCAGUCAGCCCGCUCUCCCCGCGCGGGCCGCCUCGCCGCGAGAUCCUUUUCGAGAGCUACAUGCAGAAAACCCCGCCGCUGGAAAAGAUUUUCGUCGUAAGUCCAGUCCGUCUCUAGUCGCACGGUUCCGUUUGUAUUACAAACACUGCAACAUUCGCUUUCUGCGAAAAUUUUGUAAGAUGCGCGGGUUUGCGAAAUCGGAGCCUUUUUCUCCGGAGCAUGGUGACCCAUUGCUAAUGAUCUGAUUGGGAAAUUUGAACUGGUUUAUCUUUGGCGGUGCUGUAUCAACCAUAGUAUCAUCAACGGGAAGUUUAUCUCUUGUGCUUUUUACCUCCUUUGUCUCAUUAGUUGCAAUCUGAAUAUAUACUUACUAGCUAUAGCUAGCUAACACACGAAUUGAUGGUGUUGUUUUGAAAAAUUGACACAAUACCUGUUCUUCAUUGUCUGUCCUACAGAGCUGGAGAAAGAGAUACUUUGUUCUUUCAAGAAGCGAUCCGCUUGACUCUUCCACGGUGGAACUAAACUACUACAUGGAUAACACGUGCAAAGAAAAGCGAGGCUCAAUCAAUCUUUCGAAAUUCGUCAGUCUGUGUCCGAAUGCAAAGGUGGGCAGCAAGGAUCACGGAUUUGCCGUCGAAACAGAAGAACGCAAGUACAUUCUGCGCGCACCGGACGCAGUAACAAAGAACAUUUGGAUAGCCAAACUCUGCCAGCUGUGUGGACAAGAGCAAGUGUAUCACGUGACGUUGCCACAGCAACUGACGGCAGCUCAGGCAGAAGCAAUAUUAAAGCUUUAUCCUCGAGAUCAGGUCGUCGUUAUCUCGCCAACGACAGGGUCACGUCUACUUGAAAUUCCUUUCAAGAGCAUUCGACGGAUGGGAAACAUGGACGCAUACAGCACAGACGUUGUCUGGUUCGAGACGUGCAAUGCCCACCACAAGGCUGACCAGUUUCACUUCUUUGUGGUCAACGCAGGACUCCAGACAACGCAUCAGAUUCUGCGCGAGCUGAAGACUGCGACCGAGUGUGCAACUGGUCAUCUCCUCAUCACGGAGGAAUCCAACGGCAUCGAGUUGUCGUUUAUUUCCCGGCAACACUACGGUUGUCCCGAUUUCCCUCCAUCGGCCCGAAACAACGUCCUGCACAGUAGUUUACGAAUCUUCUCCCAAACCAUUGGAGCCUCGUCCGUCAUGUCGGAGAGAGAAAGAAGGGUCAGCGAGCCGAUGAAACCGGUCAGAAACUGUGAGAGCACAACUUGUCUUUCGCUGGAGGAGUUCGCCUCGACAAAGCAGCGAAGAGGCACGUCUGCCACUGUCCACCCGCUCAUGAUGUCACGGAGACCGACCGCUAUCACGCUCGACCGUUUCCGUAGCAACGGGAGCUAUUCGUCCUCGUCCCACCUGUCGGGGUCGGGGUCAGGUGACCUCUCCGACUCCGGAGUUCUUAACGAUGUGUUUGAUCGGGGGUCCAUCUCUUCCUCCGUACUGUCCCACCACAGUACCCAGAGUCCGCAACACACUCCGGUCCACGCGAAAUCCAUGCCAGAAAAACAGACGUCCGCCCCCUCCUCCCCCCACGCCCCCACCGUCCCACCACGAUCACGGGUGUCUUUACAACACGAACAGGGCAGCUUCAAACCAGACAACUAACACUUUUCUCUCUCUCUCUCUCUGUGCGUGUGUGUCAGUGUGUCACCCUUUCUGUGCAGACAUCGUACUGCAACGAUGCAUUUGUCUUUGAUGUUUGUGUUUACGUUGGCCGUUUACUUUUGUGUCCAUGUGUUUCUGUACGUGGUUGCUAGAAAAACAUACUCAGUUUUUCCUGGUAUAUACAACAUGCUAGUUCUUUGAAAAGUGUGCGUCCUUUCAUUUUCUACAACCUUUCUGUCAGCCACUUGUUCUUCCAGUCAUCACAUGAUUGUCACCUGAUCAGCAUCAUUCACUGACCCAGCAUUCCCUGCAUAAUAGCUACUGGAACCUUUUUUGUGUGUAUAACCUUUCUCAAGAAUCAUCUAAAGGUGUUUGCAUACUCAGAAAAUUGAC